GUCACUGAAGGCAGCAUGAAAGUGUGUGUCGACUCCAGCCCCCAGUGCCCUCGGCUCUACUUCCUGUGCCAUAACUUCACUGUACUCAGCACAGGCGGACAGCGUUCACUGUCGAGGCAGCUCCCACCUGAUGAACACGAAGCCCCCAGGGACUGGCCAUGACGCAGCAGGAGCAGCAGGAGUUCAUGGAGAGCCUGGAAGCGGCCCUCUCCUGGAUGCGGGCCAUCCAGGAGAGGCUGAAGGCUAAUGACAACACACAAGGGCCCCUGGAUGCCCUGGAGGGCCGGCUCAGGGAGACGGAGAAGAUCCAUCAGUCGGAGCAUGAAGGUCGUGUGAAGAUGGACAUGGCGCUGGUGGCAGCUGAGAACCUCUUGCAGAGCGGAGACGAAGAGCUGAGGACCCACACCCACACCAAGCUCAAAGACCUGAAAGGCCUAUGGGAGGAGACCAGCACCUACAUCAUCCACUGUCACAGUCGCAUAGAGUGGGUGUGGCUCCACUGGGGCGAGUACCUGAAGGCCUACGAGGAGUUUGAGCUGUGGCUGACGAGCCGGCAGCGCGGCCUGGAUGUCGCGGUGGAGCUCCAGCUGGGGGUGAAGGAGAAGCUCUGGCAGGCGGACCAGCAGAGGGUGGUGGUGAGCGACAUCCACGGCCAGGCGGCGCUGCUGGAGAGGCUGCUGGACGAGGCCGCCGCGCUGCACAACAGAACCCAAGACCCCAGUGUGGAGCCCCAGGCCCAGGAGAGGCUGCAGGAGGCCUACAACGAUGUCAGAGACCGAGCUGAGGAGCGUCUCUCGCUGCUUCAGAAGAUCGCUGAGGAGCACCAGAUGUACCAAGGCUGCGUUCAGAGGUUCCAGUCCUGGCUGCUGUCAAAAACCAAGGAGCUCACUGAUCUAAUGGAGAGGAAGGAUGCCGCUGAGAACAAGCUCAGAGCCUUACAAGUUCUGGACGACAGCGUCGCCAGCGAGGAGAAGACCCUGCAGCAUAUCGAGGGAGUGGCGGAGGCGGUGAGGGGCAACACCUCUCCCUCUGGGGCGGAGAUGGUGAUGGAGGAGGCUGAGGAGCUGAGGCUGGGCUGGCAGAGGCUGAGGCAGGGCCUGUGUGAGUCGGAGGAGGGCCUGCGCUCCAGCCUGGACUCCCACAGUCAGUACAUGGCCAGAUGCCAGCGGCUGGGAGAAGACAUCGGCCAGCUCAGGGUGCUGCUACAGGGGCUGGACCAGGAACUGGAGGAGGGCCGCAAUGCUAGGGGCCGCACUGACCGGACCGAGGAGCAGAUGGUGGGCCAGUGGAGGAAAUACACGGGUGUGAGGAAUACUCUGGCCGGGGAGGAGUCCCAAGUGGAACUACUCAAGGCUCAGCUCAAGGAGCUCUUCAGAUUCUCGCAGGACUCGCGUCACCUUUCUGACGAUGUUCUGGCUGUUGUCAAAGAGCAUCAGAGUGUGAAAUGCAGAGCGACGAGGCUGUGUUCAGAGUCCGAGUCGGGGCUGAGAAACGUUCUCCAUGACCCGCUGCUGGUCUUCGCACAGUGGAGCCACAUGGUCUCUCAGGUUCUGGAGGCCUCCGCUGAGGUCACUGACUUCUCCCACAUUGCCAUGCUGGUCCAGGGCAUCGAGCGCUUGCUGAAGGGCAGUGUCCAGCUGCAGGAGCGCCUCAGCCUGCUGCAGGUGAAGGGCGACCUGCUGACCUCGCUGUUUGGUCCCGAGGGGUCCGACAGCCUGCAGAGCGAGCUGAGUGGCGCCAUCAGGAACAGAGAGCUGCUGCACGCUCAGCUGCUGCAGAGGAAGAGCAGGCUGCAGGGCUUAAUCUCAAGAACCAAGGACUUUGGAGACGCCCAAGAGCUGAUUCGCUCCAAGCUGGCCGCUCUCCAGGACCAUCUGGUGGCAACCGACGGCCUCCAGCCUGACAUCCUGGCCAAGAAAAGUCAGUCAGACCAGUUCAGGGUGAUCCUGAAGGACCUGGAGGACUGUGAGGCCCACAUCACGGCGCUGGAGACGCUGGUCUCGUCCAGUCAGAGCAACAGGGCUCAGUUCGAGAGGCUCUAUGCCGAGUGGAAACACCUGCACAAGGCAGCCAGGGUGAAGGUGCACGAGAGCGAGGAGAGCAUCGCAGACCAUGAGAGCUUCCACGACAGCCUGCUGAACAUCGAGAAGUGGCUGAUGAUCAUGAAGCAGAAGCUGGAGUCCUUCCACAGCCCCCCAGGGGAGUGGAGCAUCGAGGGCCGCCAGCACGAAGCUGAGAGAGCCCUGGGAGAGUUUCCUGAGAAGGAGCUCCAGCUGCAGCAGAUGGAGGUCCAGGGCCAGGGGGUCUUGGAGAGGACUUCAGAGGAGGGACGGGUCCACAUUCAGCGAGACAUUAAGCGCCUGAGAGAGUCCUGGUUGGCUCUGUACAAUACGAGUCUCAAUCUUCACAGGCUGCUGAACAGCUCCACAGAGCAGACACAGUCCGACACAUGGAGGGUCGGAGGCCUGUCGGCAGACAGAGAGGUGGGAGAGGGGGUGAUGACCGCGCGGGGUGGUCGGAUCCAGGGCCACGGGGAAGGUCACCUCAUUCUGGCUGGACAAGACUACGAACACGUGAGCCCGUCAAGGUCGGGCGGGGACAGGGGUCGCUCCUUUAGAGGAGACCAAGUAGAUUCCUCCGCUUGGAGAAUUCGCAGCAGAGCAGGCCAGAGAGAAGCCUCGACAGUCACAGCCACUGGAAGCCCCGACAGGGAUAAAUCAACAGGGGGCGGCAGCAGCAUCAGCAUCUUGGCUGGAGACGGAGAGGUCAGCUAUGGUGAGGGGCUAAGAAUGAGCUCUGGGGAAGGCAGAGUGGAGGCAGGGGAAGGCCUGAGUCCAGGAGGAGGAGCAUUCAUGCUGUUCAGAAGGGACCCGACCAAGCAAAUGCCAACGACACCAACUCAACACCCAACGGGGUGCACAGGAGAGUACACAUCCAGGAGGAGGGAGUUUGAGGCGUGGCUGUCCAAAGAGAACAAGCUGCUCUCAGGGAUCUUUAGCAGCAAGGGAGCAACACUCAGCGACAAAGAAGUCAAGACCCGACAGGACACCCUCAGGGCUCUGAGGGCAGGAGUGGGCUGGGGUCAGGAGCAGUUCCAGCUGUUGCUCCAGGAGAGUCCGGGCAGCGAGGACGUGAGUCUGGAGGAACUCCGCUACCACUGGAUGCUCUACAAGUCCAAACUGAAGGACGUGGGAGACCUCAGGUCCAGGGCCAGUGCCAAGAGACUCCAAACUAAACGAGAGGAGCCGGCCGCCGCUGCCAAAGUGCAAAAGAAGCCCGGCCUGUGGAAGCGGGUGUGUCGGCUGGCCCUUCCUCUGUGGCUCCUCCUCCUGGCUCUGCUGCUCCUGGCCUUCCUGCUGCCCCUCAUGGACGGCAACAGCUGCUCCCUCUCCAACAACUUUGCCCGGUCCUUCAACGUCAUGCUCCGAUACGAGGCUCCGCCCCCAACAUAGGGAGGAGCUGUGCCUGACCUCACUCUGGCCAUGGCUUAUGUAGGAAACGUUGACCACCAUGCGAGACUGUAAGACCACCAACGGGAUCGGUUCAGUGGCUUUUUCAACAAAUCGUAAUCUUCCUUUCAUAAACAACUCGACCAGUGCACCCUUCAAUACCGUCCUCUGCUCGGAUGGAAGGAAGUCGAGAGGAGCACCCUCAUCUGCAAACUACAAACCCCACAUCCUCCAGAUGCUUCUACGCUCCGGACGACAGCGUCAACCUCACAGCUUGCAGUAUAACAAUGAUUCGUUAAUUAUCAAAGUACUUAUCACAAAGAAUAGGCAUGAGUGCAAUAGGACUACAAAUGCUCAUACUCCAAUGCUCAUUAUAAGAAUGAUUAUUUUUUGUCGCAGUUUUAUAUAUAGUCAGCUUUUAUCUCCUUAAAGGAAUUAUGUUCAGCUAAACUGUCAUGUUUUCAAGAAGCAUGAAACAAUGAAAUAUCUUAAGAAUUAUUGUCGCUGUUGCUUAUGUGGGAGAACAACCCGUGGGGGGGGCGGAGCAGACCGAGUGUGACAGCCCUGCUGCCGUGAGGUGGAACAUGUAGCAGGAGAUCAAACCAAAGACGAGACUCUGGUGGACUGGAGAGUCUCAUGUUUUUAAAUGAAGCUGAAAAUGACACCUGUGUUUAGACAUAUGGAAUCCUGUUGGGCAAGGUGUGUGUGUGUGUGUGUGUGUGUGUGCGUGCGUGUGUGUGCGUGUGUGUGUGCGCGUGUGUGUGCGUGUGUGUGACACUCCUGUUGUAGGUAUUUGCAGAAUGUACUUUGAAGAACCAAAAUAGCUCUUUUAUGGGUGGAUUGUGUCCGGAGAACGUCUUUUGUGUUGUUGCAUGUCGAUCUGUAUUUUCAUCCUGUUGUUCCCCCUGUGGGUCUGUCCAUGUGGUUCUCUCUUGUUCUACCUGUCCAUCUCCUGAGAGCUGCCUUUCUUCUCUGAAGGUGCUACUUUGGCCUGAUGGGUCUUUUUCUCGGCCCAAACCACCAGUCAGAACAUUCAGAACGUGCCGUGACGUUCUGUUGACGCCGAGCUGUAAACCACUCACUUUAAUGGGAACCCCCAAAUAACUUGUUUUAUCCUGCACUCUCUCUCCGCACACCCUCACAAACAGUUACUCCGCCUGUCAGCUAUUAUUGAUUCGUCAUGUUGUCGUGGCAACAGUGACCAAAUCGAGCGGCUCUAUUUCUUCUUGUGCAGCUAUGGUGUCUUUGAGUUGAAUUCCAACAUGUUUCUGAGUUCAUGUUAAACCGUCCCAGCUCAGACGUUAAUGUAUAACUCACCCCCUAAAAAACAAACCACUGAAACACAAUCCGGGGGAUUUGUGGGGAACACGCACACUUCCGUCUUUGCCGAUGACUUCUACUGUGUACAUAUGCUACAUGUAGCAUGUAGCAUGGCCUUAAAGCGUUCCGUCCACCAUGGACGUUAAUCAUUGGUAUCAGUGCCAUACCCUCUGGUAUUCAUUCAGCCUGUAGCGCCAUAAAGCGCCGUGCUCCGGUUCUACUGCAUUGAACGGUGCUUCCUGUCUCCAUCCCUGCGCUGUGUGUGCGCUGUGUGUGUGCACUGUGCACUGUGUGUGCGCUGUGUGUGUACUGUGUGUGCGCUGUGUGCACUGUGUGUGUGCACUGUGCACUGUGUGUGCGCUGUGUGUGUACUGUGUGUGCACUGUGCACUGUGUGUGCGCUGUGUGUGCACUGAUGCAACUCGUGAAGUGACUUGAAUCUGCUGCGCACGCCGGUCCUUUCCUCACAGCUCGUGUGACAGACGCGCAGAAGAAAGUGGGUUGACUCGUUAUGCAAAAGGUCUCCUAAAUGCUGGUGUCUGCUCUCAGAUGGAGGUGUUAAAUAAACUGGGGAUGAUUGACAAGUGCUUUUUUGUAAAAUUAUUAUAUUUUAUUAAUCUUUUCAAACAUAUUAUUCAUAAGAGCUUGUAUUUAACCAAUGCUGUUUUUUUAUUCUGAUGAAAUAAAUGCAGUUUGAAUAUUC